UAUUCGAUAUCACUUCAGUGUGCUUAUAACAGUUUUUGAGGUUUUUUGUUAAUUUAUUAUUUGUGGAAAAAAACAUACACAAAAUUAAUGAAAAAUAAAUUGAGUGAUUUGUUGGUCCAAGAUAUGUAUUUAUACAAAAUAACAAGAUUUUUUUGUAAUUAUUUAUAAGUGCAAGGUUUCAAAUAAGUGAUUUGUGUGCAUAUAAACUAUAAAGACGUUCAUCUAUUAAAAUAUUGGGACAAAGUUAAGAAUUGUCUUGCUGAAUUACGAACAAAAAAUAGACACUAAUCGCGAAGAAAUACAAUUGUGAAUAUUAUUUUUUUUAAAUAGAAGAAGUUUUGAUAAAAACUAAUAUUAACAAUAAAUUGGUUUGUAGAGAAGAAGUCGAAAUAGAACUUAAUACCUCACGCUAUUCAAGCAAUACCAAGUAUAUUCACAAUGAAACUACCAAGUCUAAUGACGAUGACGACGAUGAUGAUGACGAUGGCACUAAUAGGCUUGACCUAUGCCAAUUCGAACCAAAAACAUUUUAAGCCACCAAAUAUUGUUAUAUUAAUGGCUGACGACAUGGGAAUCGAUGAUGUUAGUUUUCAUGGUCAAAAACAGCACAUAACUCCCAAUAUCGAUGCUUUAGCUUAUCAUGGAAGGAUGUUAAAUCAUCUCUAUACUCCACCAAUGUGUACUCCAUCCAGAUCAGCUCUUAUGACUGGCAAAUACCCAUUCCAUACAGGGACUCAACAUUUUGUCAUUGGAAACGAAGAACCCUGGGGUUUGCCAUUGAAUUUCACAACAAUUGCUGAAGUAUUUAACGAGGCAGGGUACGCAACAAAUUUGAUUGGAAAAUGGCAUUUGGGAUUCUCCGAGAAGGAAUAUUUGCCAACAUAUCGAGGUUUUGAUUCACAUUAUGGAUAUUUAGGUGGUUUUAUUGACUACUACCAACGCAUGGCGUUGAUGCCUCUUCCAAAUGCAAGUAUUGGAUAUGAUUUUAGAAGAAACUUAGAUAUUGACUGUGAUAUGGAGGGAACUUAUAUGACAGAUCUUCUAACAACCGAAGCAGAAACAGUAAUAGAAAAUCAUGACACAGAAACACCUUUAUUCUUGAUGGUUAAUCACUUGGCACCACAUACUGGAAAUGAUUUUGAACCGCUUCAGGCUCCCGAGAAUGAUAUUGAAAAGUUUAAGUACAUUCAAGAUGAAAAACGGAGAAUAUAUGCAGCUAUGGUUGCUAAGCUUGAUGAAAGUAUUGGAAACAUUACCCGAGCUCUUGACAAGAAGGAUCUCCUGAAAAAUACCAUCCUUAUCUUCUACUCUGACAAUGGUGCUCCAUCUAUUGGUCUAUUUUCCAACACUGGAUCAAACUAUCCAAUGCGUGGACAAAAGAAUACUCCAUGGGAAGGUGGUUCUCGUGUAGCUGGUGCCAUCUGGAGUCCAUUGCUGAAGAACCGCAAAUCAGUAUUCAAUCAAAAGAUGUCCGCCGUCGAUUGGCUACCCACCUUAGCCAGUGCAGCUGAUAUUCAACUUGAUCCAGAAUUGAAUGUCGAUGGGCUAGAUCUUUGGGAGGAAUUGUCAUGUGGCAUCACUAAACCUUUCAACCGUGAUAUUAUCCAUGUUCUAGAUCCUAUUUCCAAUGUAGUCUCGAUUAUAAGUGAUGGAUUCAAGUACAUAAAUGGAACAACGAUAAAUGGUCAGUUCGAUGGGGUGCUAACGACUAGAGGUGAAGAAGUAGAUCCCAGAGACAGUGACUAUGCCAAUACGGUUCUCAAUUCAUUAAGUAGCCAAAUUUUGGCAAAGUAUGAUUCAGUUCCGCUGACUGAAGGCGCUAUCAAUGCCCUACGUUCAGAGGGUGAAAUAAAGUGUCUAAACCCAAAGGAAAAAGCUAGCUGCAAUCCCUUGAAAGAAGAGUGUCUAUUCAAGAUCGACGAAGAUCCAUGCGAGGAGAAUAAUUUAGCUGAUGACCCUGAAUUCGAGUCAAUAUUAAGUGAAAUACGAACUACCAUAGAUAUAUACCGUUUAAGUGCUUUAAAACCUGCAAAUAAGGCCAGUUUGCCUGAUGGUGAUCCUAGUGUACAUGAUUGCAUCUGGACUUGGUUUGUAGAAUCACCAACAACAGAGAAAAACUCACAUUGUUCCUAUCAAAAUGCUCCAUGUCAACGAUAUUAAAUUUACAUGAAGACAUUUUAAAAACAAAAACAAGAAAUUCGAAUUUUUUAUCUCAAAAAUAAUUUAUUGUAUUGAUGUUUUUUUACAUUUAUUAUAUUUUUUAAAUAAACGUGAUUUAAGCUUA